AUGGACAAGGCGCCAACCAAGACGGGCUGGGCCGCCUGGACGACCAAGAAAAAGGCCACGGUCAUCUCGGUGGUUGUCCUGAUCCUCGUCGCGUUGGGCGUGGGAUUGGGUGUCGGCCUCGGCGUCGGCUUGAACAACGGAUCGGGCGGCGAAGAGGAAGGCAGUGGCAGUGGGAAUGGGAAUGGAGGCACCGGAACUGGCGGCAAUGGAACCACCACCGGUAACGGCACGGUGAAAUGGCAGCCCGACGUGGGCGUGAAAUGGCAGAUCGUCCUGCUGGGUGCCCUCAAUGACACUUCCGUGGAUGCCGACGUCUACGACAUUGAUCUGUUUGACAACGACAAGAGCACCAUCUCGACCCUGCAGGGCCUCGGGCGCAAGGUCAUUUGCUACUUCUCCGCCGGCACUUACGAGGACUGGCGACCGGAUGCGAAGGAGUUUGACAAGGCCGAUCUGGGGAAGAACCUGGCCGACUGGCCCGGCGAGAAAUGGGUCGACACCAACUCGAACAGCAUCCGCCAGAUCAUGCAGACGCGCCUCGACAUGGCCGUGACCAAGGGCUGUGACGGGGUUGACCCUGACAACAUCGAUGCCUACGAUAACGAAAAUGGUCUCAAGUUGACCCAGGAUGAUGCGACCAACUACGUCAACUGGCUUGCGGGCGAAGCGCAUGGUCGGAACCUGUCCGUGGGUCUCAAGAACGGCGGUGCCAUCAUCGACAGUGUCCUCGACAACAUGCAAUGGUCAGUGAAUGAGCAGUGUGCGCAGUACCAGGAGUGUGACACGUAUGCUGCCUUCACCGAGGCGAACAAGCCCGUCUUCCACAUUGAGUACCCCAAGGGUGACAACACCAACAACAACAAAGAUGUCACCACCUCGCAAAAGUCCUCCGCUUGCAAUGCACCCAGUGCCGGGAACUUUUCAACUGUCAUCAAGAACAUGAAAUUGGACAGCUGGGUGGAGUACUGUUCGUGA